AUGUUAAACAAUGGGUGUCUGGGUUUGGGACACAACAGCCCUGUACUGACACAACCGCCGCAAAUAAUACAAGAAUUAUGUCAUAAAAACAUCCAAUACUUUGUCAAUGGAUAUUAUGUCAUGUUAGCAGUGAAUGACGUGAAUAACGUAUUCAGUUGGGGUAGUAAUGGAUGCGGCCAAUUGGCCCAGGGUCAUAAUCAAACUGAUUAUUUCAAGCCAGAGCUAAUACGAUGUUUUACCGGUAAAAAUAUUGUUCAAAUCAGUUGUGAUUAUUCACACUCAUUGGCCCUCACGAGUAAUGGCCGGGUGUAUGCCUGGGGUAACAAUUACUCGGGCCAGAUUGGUGAUGGUGAUAAAAGUGGAUUUAUUUAUAUACCAAUUGAGAUACAAAUCGCUGGUAAUUGUAAAAUACAAUCCGUUUAUUGUUAUAACGACUCGUCGUUUGCCAUCACAUCCGACGGACAUGUCUUCAGUUGGGGUCAGAAUUGUAACCAUAGAUUGGGACACAAUAUACCCGAAGAUAAGGUACUAAAACCCCGAUUGAUAUCAACCAUAAGUAGGGUUGUGACACUCGUAUACGAAACAAAAUAUAACAAUUUGAUCGGCUUUUACGCCAAAGAAUGUCAAAUAACUAACAAAACAAUUGAUUUGCGAGAUAUCAAUGAAUUAACAAUCAUUACAUCAAACGAUAUCCAAAUGAAAAGCGAUAAUACAGUGAUUGUUAUGUCAUUUGAAGAGUUCAGAGAAAUACUACAACCGAUGGCCAGUAAUAGCCAUACUAUUACACCGAUGGGAAACAAUAAUGGCCAGAGCCAAGUGUCUCAAAGCAACUUUUACCAUAAUACUUUUGAUGAACUCAAUCGGAUAGGGAGGGGUGGGUUCGGCGAAGUGUUUAGAGUAAGACAUAAAUUGGUUGGUAAAGUGUACGCAAUUAAAAAAGUAGAGUUCCCUGCCGACGAAAGUGAUGAACGCCAACAGCGAGUGCUAAAUGAGGCAAAAAGUUUAGCAAACCUGAGCUCACAAUAUGUGGUACAGUAUCACAACUCAUGGCUUGAAGACAAUCUACUGUACAUUCAGAUGGAAUAUUGCCCGCAAAGUUUGCGCUCAGUAUUGGCCGACAAAGCGCUGGCUUUUGGCAGACAAUCGCCGACAGAAUCGAUGGAUGCGUUCGAGUAUUUCAUUUCGUGUGAAAUAUUCAAAGAACUCUUAGAAUGUGUUGAAUAUCUUCACGAAUCGGUUCCACGAGUUAUUCAUCGCGAUCUCAAACCCGAAAACAUAUUGAUUGCCAACACAUUAAGCGGUGAUAACAACAAUAGCCGGCGAUUCAUAAAACUGUGUGACUUUGGUUUGGCCACUGUUCACGACCCGAACCGACACACUGCCAGCCGAUACGAGCACACGACGGUCGGCACUCGUGGUUAUAUAGCGCCUGAGGUAUACAGCGGUAGAUAUAACCAAAAGGCGGACAUAUUUAGUCUCAGUGUAAUCGGCGAAGAGUUGUUUGAUAUUUAUUCCUCGCAAUCGUAUGAAGGAUAUGAUUGUGUGCUAAAGGCAUGCAUACUAUGUAUGUCUCAAAUACUGGAGAAAAUGAUGGCUCACAGGAGACAAAGACCCGAAUGUCGGGAAGUGUUGGCCAAACAUAAUGAGUGGUCUAUCGAUAAGACUGUUGUCGCUAAACACAAGGAAUUCAAUUCUGUGUUAAAUACACUUAAAUCUAAUGAGAAUCCAAAUAUUCUGUCUAUAAUUGCAUCGUUUAAUAAUGUUUAUUAUGAGAUCAAUGAAUACAACACUACAUAUUGGGGCAAAUUUUUUCUGACCGUGUGGUUGUGA